AAGUGCAUUCAAAAUCCCUCAUUUUAUGGUUUCAUUUUCAGAAAUCUGAGCCUGAACGGUCAGAGCGUGAACGGUCAGAGCGUGAACGGUUAGAGCGAGAGCGUGCACCCGCACGAAACGCAUUUAUCGAGGAUCUUCUAAUUAGGGAGGUACAAGCCCGUAGAGAACAAAAGGAGCUGAUGAAAGAUACGUCUGCGAAUCCAGUUCCGCCAGAAGCAUCAUCCCGGCAGCAUCAGGGUACAUCUCCUGACAAGGAUUCCGGCGAUGGGAGAUCCAUCGCUUGACUCAAGACUUCGACAACGAAUGCUAGGAACUGCUCCUGCACCAAAAUCCACUGUUACUGGGGCUCUAUCGCUCAAUACCAUUUAAGGGUUUGAUGUUGAACGAAAGUAUUUCGCUUUAGGAGGCAAGCAGUGAGGUACAUGAGGCCAGCUUUACUGUUGGUUUGGUACUUCAUUACUUAUAUUGUAAUAUGUAUUGUAUAAUACGAUGAGUUUCUUGUUACGUAGUUCUACCUGCACGACCGUAUUUCGGGAUCCUAUGCCUAUUUUUAAAAAAGGUAGUGUUUAGUGAUAUAAAUUGGUUGAAGUGUGUUUUAAUUUUUAGUUGUGUUUUAAAAUAGAAAUUAUCUUGUAUUAAACGAGAAGCAAUUAGCUGAAGUGUGUUUUAAAUUUGAAUCGUGCUUUAAUUUGCAUUG